UAAAGUAGUUUGAAGCAGAUUGUAGAGUAGUAUACCAUGUCCUGACCCCUUAUGCAGUUCUGUCACAGAUGAUAUUGGUUUAAUGGAACAGCAUUAUAUGACGUGCCACCGUCACUUUUGUUCCCUGUGUGGGGUGAGCUUUCUGUCUUCACAUCUCCUUUCAUUACAUGAACGCAUAAAACAUUGUGAACACUUCAGACCUAAGGUAAGUACAUCGGUUACGCUACAGGUAUUUGGUUGCAGCUGGAUUGCGUCAUAACCGUGUGUUCACAAAAGUUCUCCAGUCCUGCUGAACUCCGCGAGCACAUAUGUGAAUGCCAUGGGUUUCCUUCAGAAUCUUCAGUGCUUUCAAGUGUAUCAUUUAAAUAAAAUGCUAAAACGGGAGACAAAUUUACCUUAUAAAUUCUAUACUGUUCCAAUUAUUCAAUAUAAAGUGAAUUUUAGAAAUCAUAGCUUUCUAAAGCAGAUAGCAUCUCAUAAAUGUCCGAAUUCCGCGUACAUCACUGGAAUGAAGCCGUCGAUGGCCCUCUUUCUGUAGAGACGAUGUUGAAAAAGUUAAAGUCCGAGGGAUGCAGUUGCACCAAGUACAAGUUCAGUCCUGGGACUAAUUUUCCAGAGCAUACUCAUCAAGAAAAUAAAAUGGAUUGUGUAAUCAGUGGCCAGCUUUCCUUCACGAUGUAUGGUAAAGAAAUAAUAUUAGGUCCAGGUGAUCGUUUGGAAGUCCCUCGCAAUGUCCCACAUUCUGCUCGUGUCGUAGGCAAGGAACCACUGGUGUUUGUGGAUGCCACUAUGUCAUCCUGAUUAUUUUUCUCUU